AUGGACAACUGCCGUCGAACAACAGCUCCCUUCAAACCAUGGAAGAAAGGCCCCACCAGAGGCAAAGGCGGACCCCAGAACGCCGCCUGUGAGUUCCGCGGCGUCCGUCAAAGAACUUGGGGCAAAUGGGUGGCGGAAAUCAGAGAACCCAAGAAACGAACCAGACUAUGGUUGGGUUCUUUUGCUACAGCGGAAGAAGCUGCCAUGGCUUACGAUGAAGCUGCCAGAAGACUUUAUGGUCCUGAUGCUUACCUCAACUUACCCCAUCUUCGAUCCAACUUCAAUCCUCUUAACAAAUCACACAAAUUCAGAUGGUUUUCUUCCAACAAGUUCAUGUCUAUCUUUCCAGCAACUGGUUUGCUUAAUAUUAAUGCGCAACCGAGUGUUCAUGUAAUCCAUCAGAGACUUGAAGAACUGAAGAGAACUCAGGUAUCGUCGUCUUCUUCAUCCAGCUCCAACAGUUCUUCGAUUGUUGAUCAGAUCAGCCAUGAUCAAGUUCAAGUUACUAGCGAGAAUUCUAAAACCCAUCUCAAAGAAAGCGUCCAGAAGCCUCAGAUCGAUCUCAAUGAGUUCCUUCAGCAACUCGGAGUGCUGAAAAAAGAUGAGCAAACGGAUAAAGUUACUAGUGACGAAAGUUAUUGUGGAUUUAAGGAGAUUGAAUUGUCAUCGUCUUCAAAAGCAGUUGUCGAAGAAUCAGAUUUGGGAGAGGAAGAUUUCAACUGGGAUGUGUUAAGUGAGAUACGUGGAUCUCAUGAUGAUUAUAAUAAUCAGAUUUUUGAUGUUCAUGAUCAUGAUCAGGAACUUGUUUUGCCGACCACUAUCUGGAAUUUUUGA